UCAGUUCUGUUAGCCGUGGUAUAUAAUUGAAAUUAAGUUAUGAAGCAACAUCUAUGUUUGACAUUCCGCAUCUUACUACAAGCUAUAAAUGAUGUCAUCUGCGGUGUUAACGCAAAAAAUUUGGAUUUCUUCUAACUAUACAACUUCAAUAUUUCAAGUUAUAGUACUCACGAGAGAAUAUAUUUUUAAUUGAAUAAUUUAUUUGUUAAAAAAGUAACAAUUACAUAAUGGCUAGCAGACCAAAACGUGCAAAUGCUGGUAAUCGAAUCGCAGAAUUGUUGGAUGAAGAAGAAGAAGAAUUUUAUCGCACUUCCUAUGGUGGCUUUCUUGAAAGUGCUGAUGACAAAGAUUAUGUGCAAAAGGAGGAAGAAGAAGAUAUCGUAGAUUCAGAUUUUAGUAUAGAUGAAAAUGAUGAACCCAUUUCUGAUAAUGAAGAAGAAUCAAAGGUUAGAAAGAGAAAAGGUAUCUCAACUAAAGCUUAUAAAGAACCUCCAUCGAAAAGAAAAUCAACAGCAAAAAAACGUAUCUCAAAAUCAGCAGGAAUGAAAACCAAAAAGGCAGUUAAGCUACUUCCGAAAUUUACUAUACUAGAUUCAGGUAGAAAGUCCAUUAGAGCAUCAACUGCCCUGAAAUCUGAAGAGACACGACACCGCAUAAGAAAACAAUAUGAAGCUAAAAUGAAAAAAAAAAAAACAAAAAUGGAAGAAUAUGUAAUGCCCACACAGGAAGAGUUAUUAGAAGAAGCUCUAAUUACAGAGGAAGAAAAUUUAAAAUCGCUAGAGAAAUUUUUAAAAUUGGAAUCAGAAAAAAAGAAAGUUCGCCCAACAAAGAGAAUAUUUUCUGGUCCUGUAAUUAGAUAUUACUCAACAACCAUGCCGGUGAUUGAACAAAAUGAUAUAAAUAAAUUGGCUUUAAUAAAACAAGAGACAAAAAUAGAGGAACAAGAAGCAAUGGAUAUUAAAAUUUCUCCAUCUAACUCAUCGAGUUCUUUAAAUUCAGAACAAAAGUGUGAAAGAACUUUCAUUACGUUUGAAAAUGAUAUUGAUGAAAAAUAUUUUAAUUCAAUAUUUAAGCCGAAAGUAAAAAAAGAAAAAGGAAAUUAUCUUUGUGCUAUUACAAAAUUACCUGCAAAAUAUUUUGAUCCAGUUACGCAAUUACCAUAUCAUAGUGUUCAAGCUUUCAAGAUACUGCGAGAGGCAUACUAUUUGAAACUGGAGGAGCAUGGCAAUAUUGAAAAUCCAGAUGUUGCUAAAUGGUUAGACUGGCGGAAAACUGUUAAAGAAAAUCGUCUGAAAUAUAAUAAAACGGCUAAUGGAAAUGAAACAACUAGUAACGCAAUUACCAAUCUUAGUAGCUUGUGCGCCAACAUCAGCAAUACAAAUAUCAAUUAUAGUAGUAACAAUAAUAAUAAUUAUAAUAAUAGUAACAAUAAUAAUAGUAGCUCUAAUAAUGAUAAUAACCAUAAUAUUAAUUAUAAUAAUAAUUAUAAUAAAAAUAACUUAAAUUUUAAUAAUAGUAAUAAUAAUAAUAGUAAAAACGAAAAUGUCAACAAUAAUAAUAAUGAUCAUAAUGGUAAUAAUAACAAUAACUGUAACAGUAAUAACAAUAACUGUAAUGGUAAUAACAAAAAUAGUGAUGGUAAUAAUUAUUAUGAUAAUUGUAAUAAAAAUAACAGUAGUAAUAAUAAUAAUAGUGCUAAUAAUAAUACCAAUUUUAGAAACGAUAGCACAAGCAUUAAUAACGACAGCAGUGAUAAUCAGCAGAAUUAUUACAAUCAUUAUAACUACAACGAUUAUAGUGGUUAUUAUAAUUCUAAUAUAGCAAGUAACAAGUGUCAUAAUAUAAGAAAUAAGAACAUGGUCGAAAAUACUACUUGUUCUAGUAUCGUAAGAAACAAUUCGAAUAGUACCACCAAUAAUACUAGUUCUAGCUCUUAUAAUAAUAGCGAUAACAAAAUCCAUGUUAAAAGUCGUAUUAAUAUAAGUUGUGAUAAAAAAAUAAACAUUUUAAACAGCGAUAAUUGCAAAAAUAUCUAUAAUGUCAGUUAUACCAAUAAACAUAAUUCCAGUGAAAUAAAUGAUAAAAGUAAUAAAAACGUAAAUGGUGAAAACAGUGGUAGCAUUAAAAGUAUUUAUACGAAUGAUAAUGAAAAAGAUAUUCACAGCGUCUCUAACAGAAAAUCCAUCAACAGUACAAUACUCAAUAAACAAGUUGCUAACAAUAAUUUUGACAAAAAUUUAAACAAUACAAAUAACAUAAAACGAGAGAAUGAGGCUGAUCGCAAAAGUACUAAUAAAAACAUUUCAGAUAACAGUAAUGAUAAAAGUAAUCAAAAUGAAGUCUGUAAAAAUAACGAUAAUAAUUUCAAUAGAAACGAUAGUAAUGACAACAGUAGUUUUAACAAAAGUACUAAAAGCAAUGAUGAGAGUAACAGUAAAAAUAAAAGUAACGUGGACACGAACUUUCACAACGCCAACAACUCCAAAUGCAUUAAUGAUAAUGUCAAUAUUAGAAGUGACCAGAACAACGACAAUGGUAAAAAUUUAAAUUACGACAAAAAUAAUGUCGCAGUUGAUAUUAAAAAGAAGGAUGCUCGCAAUUAUGAUGCUGCUAUUAUCGCAAGCGAUAGCAGCAGUAUCAAGAAUGCGAAUAAAAUGUCUCACUUCCCAACUUGUGUAGACCCAAAUAGCAGAUUUAACACAAGCAAAAGCAAUAAUGCUAACAAUUGUAAAAAUUUUAGCGGUAACGAUAAUAAUAACAGCAGUAAUGCUGAAAAAAAUAAUACGAAUAUCGGUGAAAAUUUUAAGAAUAAUAGUAAUUAUUAAAUUAAUUUUAAGAAUAAUAAUAAAAAUAAAACAUGAAAUAUUCAAUAAUAAAAAAAAUACAAAACGAAAGUACCAAUAAUGUAGCAGCGGAACUAAUUCCUAGAGUUAAAGUUAAUGUUAAAGUAUGUUGUCAUUUUACUAAUUUAGUUAUGAAUAAUUAAUAAGACUAUGCUGAAAAAUAAAUACAAUUAAUAUGCGACUAAUUUCUAAUUACAAAAAAAAACAUGUGUAUAUAAAUACACACUGCAAUUGCAAUUAUAUACAUAUUUGCAGUAAAAAUACAUUAAGGUGUAUAAGUUUAAUGUUUUUCCUAGAAGCUACAUGAAAAUGAUACUUUUAAUUAAAUAUACAUACGUUUUUUAAGCUCCAAAAUAAUAAAGUAUCCCAGUUUUGUUUUAACCAUUGCAUCAAUUAUAUGGUUUUGUUAAAGGACUAUGUAGAUAUAAGAGCCUAAAUAAACUAUACUAAGCAAUUAUUUGUCUUUUUUUUUGUUUAAAACACGUUUUAACAAAAAACAAUAAUACUAGUGUUCAAUAAUCAUGUCUAUGUAUGUUAGUAGAAAACGUAUGGGAUUUCCGAUAAUUCAGAUAAUGUCUUGUUCUAGUCCAAAUGCUAAGAUAAACUUGAAAGCACGAGCUUAUUUUAUAUGUUUUUUCUUAAAUCGAAAUGGCUAUUUUUAAGAAGAAAUAACAAAAUAAAUUUAUACUUAUUAUAAAGCAUGUGAAAUUCCGAAGUUAUAUUUCAAAUAUCUAUUAUCUAUAGUAACAUUUUCAUUUAUCAUUAUUUAAAAUUCUUGAAAUACGUGCACAAAAAGGGAAAUUCAACAUUUUUGUGGUACUGCAAGCAUUUCGUUACUUUUAAGUGAAGAGCUGUUCUUAUUGGGUAACUUAGAUCAAGAUAAUAUGCAAGUAACUGUACACUCAUCCCUCGCUUUACAGAACUAAUAUACUUACAUUACGUUACAACCACAGUUUUUUACCUAAACUUAUAUAGGUACAUAUGUGUCUUGUUAAUUUCCUAAAAAUAGAGUAGGAUUUUAUUAUUAUUAUUACAACAUUAGGCAACAAGAAUCAACAGGAAACUUUAGCUCUUGCUGUAAGAAACAAUUACAUAUGUACAUAAAUUCUUUACAUUAUUUUGCUCUGAUCUCUGUUUUGAAAAACACAAAAUGUGCAUCAAUAAAUCAUACAUUAAUAUUUGAAACCAACAUAUUAGAAAUACUAAAGGAAGGAGUAUCUCAAGACAAGAAAUUAGAUAUACCAAAGGGAGGAGCAUCUUAAGAUAAGGAAUUAGAAAUACUAAAGGAAGGAGCAUCUUUGUUUCUAUCUCGCUUAUUCUCCCUAAAAAAACGUAUCUUCAGGUAAGUCUCUUUCUUCGCGAGCAUUGUCAAACUAAAAUUAACAUUAAAUGCUAACUGUUGUUGUUUUUUUUUCUUAGAAAAUUACGCG